CAGCCAAGCCAGCAGCUGGCAUGAAGUAGAGCCAGCUGGAUAUAAACUGCGUGGCUCGCUAGCUAGUUCGUUCAUCUCAAGACAAGGGAUGCCAUCGCCUACCACAUUAAAGAAGUCAGAGAAGUCUGGUUUCAGCAGCCUUGUGCCUUCGCAGACCACUUCCCCUCGAACGGCAUUCACACACCAUCAUCGACCUGUCAUUACAGGACCCAGAGCGAGUCCUCACGCCACGCCGUCAAGUCUUCAUUUCCCGACAUCGCCAAUCAUCCAGCAGCCUGGCUCGUACUUCUCCCACCACGCCAUCCGCUACCACCCCCAGGAGACGCUCAAGGAGUUUGUCCAACUUGUCUGCCCUGACAGUGGUCAGCAAGCUGGACAGGUGGGCUUCCUUAAUCCCAACGGGAGCAGUCAUGGGAAGGUGCACAACCCGUUCCUGCCCACUCCCAUGUUGCCGCCUCCUCCGCCUCCCCCAAUGGCGCGACCCGUGCCCUUGCCCGUGCCAGACUCCAAACCUCCCUCCACCUCCACUGAGGGAGGCGGCAACUCCCCCACCUCUCCAACCUACUCCACGCCGAGCACGUCUCCCGCUCAGCGCUUUGUCAGCGUGGGCCCCAGAGACCCCAGCUUUGUAAAUAUCCCUCAGCAGCCUCAGUGGUACCUGGGCUAAAGACUCCCGACACGGACUGGCCGCUCCCGAGGUCACAUGACCACCCCCUCUGUCUCCCCUGAGUACGACCCGCAAACAUGUACACCAGUCUGAACAGAGAGAAGCCACUUGCUGCCCCAGUACCGGACAGACCCACAGCAUGGCUCCAGCAGAACCCCGCCAAGCCCUGGAACAAGAGGAACGCGCUUACACCCACUUACUAUAUAUCUAUAUAGUCCAUGUGUAUUCUUCCAUAUGUAUGGUUUACAUGCCUAUAUUCAUAUAUAGUAGCUGUCCAGC